GCUUGUCGCACAGCUUGCAUGUACCUACCGAGACAGCCGAGUGCGACCGGAUACCUUUUAUUUUUGGGCCUUUGCAUACAGUUUUCGCACGUGCAAACCGCCGCCGGCAUUGCACUGUACCGAUAUUGUUAGUGUACCGUUUUACGAUCCGUUUAAUUCCAUUAAUGCGUUUUUGAACGGUGUUUAAUAAGGAAACGCGACUCGCGCACACAAACACACACCUCGUUCGCGUGUCUCGAUACAAUAUUUUUUUUUUUUUUUGGAAGUAUUUUGUGUUUGUCGGUUUUUCGACAACGCCCUUAGUUAAUCAUUUUGCUUGCGCGGUGUCACGCGACCUAUUGGCCUUGUCCCGCCGGCGAUGGCACUAGUGCCGCACAGUUUUUGCCGGUGCGUGCCAUAACCGCCACCGUGGUGGUCGUACGCGCGCAAAGAGUCCGUCGGUUAGCCGGUUUUUUGUGUCCAUAAAGAAGUAUACCUACGGCGGCGGACCCUAUAGGGCCGACCGAAUGGCUAAGACGGCGGCGAACAGGUGGAUAAACGAAUGAAACAAGUGCCGUUAGCGUCGAUGAGAGGUCGACGGUCCGUUGUGGUUUAGCGCCCCGCCGGUCGGACGGGCCGUGUGCGGCGAUGAUCGUGGACUAGCGCCGAGUGCCGCGCGCGAUGACCACGACGGCGAAUCACCGGUCCUCUGGUAAAAUGGCGCCCGAGCCGGAGGAGGACAUUGCGGCCAUCGCCAAACAGAUAUCGGACCACGCGGAGGCCAUUUACCAGACGUGGAAGGCCCGGGGCCUGGCGCCCAACGAGAUCUUGACGUGCCAUCGCGGCGACACUUCGGCCGCCGACAAGUUCGGCUCCGUGCUGACCCCGGUCAAGCCGAAGCAGCAACCGGCGGCGGUGGCCGUCGCCGGCGAGACGACGCGCGAACUGCUGGCCGACCCGCACACCAACAGUCUGGAGCGGUUGGUCAACAAGUUCGUGGUGGAAGACAAGGCGCGGUUGGCGGCCAGGCAGACGCGGUCGUUGUCGCCCAAACCGUUCGCCUCUUCCAUACAGUACGCGCUGCAGAAAUUCGAACAGAAAGCGUCCAGCCCCGACCCGGCGGCCAAACCGGCGGUCAAGCGGUACGGCAAGUCCACGGUGACCAGCAAGUGUUUCCCGGAAGACUACACGGCGCCCGUCGUCAAGACUGCCCCCCCGGCCGUCACCCAGCACGAUCACGGCACGCCGUCUUGGCUGUACCGCAACAACAACAAUGUGGACGCGGCCGCCGAAUCGAAGAAAUCGGAUUUCAUGGACGAAGUGGCCAAGGAGGAACAGCGGCUGAUAGACGCGCUGAAAAACGGCUCGGUCAUCGAGAACAACAACCACCGGAAGACCGACAAGCCGGCCGUGCCCAGCAAAGAGGGCGUGCUCCGCGCCAGCUACGACGUCGGCGCGCGCGCCAAGCCGGAGUUCCUGAUCGGGCUGUCGGCCCUGAGCUCGGCCCGGAGGAACCAGCACGCGCACAGGCAACAGGAACAGGUGCCGCACCCGGAACUCACCGAUCACCAGCGGGCCAACAUCCGGUCCAAUCACCAGUCGAACCCGGUGCGUCCGUUCUUGACCCGCGGUUCCGUCGCCGAGCGCGUGCUCAUCUUCGAGAAAUGCCCGACGGAACUGAUGAGAAACUCCACGGCCAACACGACUCAGUCUUGGAAAAACAUCGGUUCUGACGUACACUCUAAAAUUCAGAAUUACUCAAAAGAAGCUAAUCACAAACCAGGAGCACCUCCGCCACACACUACUUUACAAAGACAUACAAAAGCCAACCGUAAUGUAUUCAUUCCCAGAUUUUACUAUCCAUUUGGGAAACCUGAGAACCAACAACAUUGGGAUACAAUUGCCAAUACGAUCACUGAUUUCUUUCAAUCGUUGCCGAACUCGCAGGCGGCCAAACAUCAUUUCGGUCAAAUCGCAAAGUUGUGCAAUUGCCCGUUGUACUGGAAGCACCCAUUGUUCUUUGCUUGCGGCGGUGAUGUAACCGGUACAAUUGAUUUGAACGGUUUUCUCACAUAUUGGAAAGAGGUUUGGUCGACUUGUCACGACUUGCCGUCAAAAUUUAUUCGCAUCUUGGUGCGAAACUCAAAAAAACAAACCUUGUCGCCCGAAAACUUCAUCGUUCUAGUCCAAGACGUGGUCGACUCUCAUCCGGGUUUGACAUUCCUGAAAACCGCGCCCGAGUUCCAUUCCAGAUACGUACAUACGGUAAUAUCGAGAAUAUUCUACAGUGUAAACACAUCGUGGAGUGGCGAACUGAGUCUGGCAGAAAUCAGGCGUUCCGAUCUGAUCCGCAUCAUCGAUUUGUUGGAGAAAGAAGAGGACAUCAACCAAGUGACGGCGUUCUUUAGCUACGAACAUUUCUAUGUUAUUUAUUGCAAAUUCUGGGAACUGGACCGCGAUCACGAUUUGUUCAUCAGCAAAACCGAUUUGGCCCGACACAGUGACCACGCACUAUCCACUCGGAUAAUUGACCGAAUAUUCUCCGGAACUGUUACCAAAAAGAAACAAAAGCACCCUGUAAAUAAUAGCUAUAUAGAAGAAAAAAUGAGUUACACGGAAUUUGUAUGGUUCCUAAUGGCCGAAGAAGACAAGCGACAUCCGAGAGCCGUCGAAUAUUGGUUCAGAUGUAUGGAUAUUGACGGCGAUGGUUAUUUGUCUAUGUACGAGCUUGAAUAUUUUUACGACGAGCAAUUACAGAGAAUGGAAAGCAUAGGAAUUGAAUGUUUGCCAUUCGAAGACUGUUUGUGUCAGAUGCUCGACAUGAUUAAACCGAAAAUCCCUGGUAAGAUAUCAUUAGCCGAUCUCAAAGCGUGCAAGAUGACACCGAUAUUUUUCGAUACGUUCUUCAAUCUUGAGAAAUAUCUGGACCACGAGCAACGCGAUCCAUUUGCUUCGCAAAGAGAUAACGAAAACGAGAUGUCCGAUUGGGAUAAAUACGCCGCUGAAGAAUAUGAAAUGUUAGUGGCCGAAGAGAGCGGAAACGAUGCUCCCGAGGAAAUUAACGGAACCGACAUUGAAGAUAUCCUGUCGCCCAAUUUGGACGACGUCCUGAAAUCGUGUACAUUUGCCAAAGUGUCGAACCAGCCGAGAGUUUUGGUCACAGACUUUUCUUCGCCGGCCAACGCGUACGACGACAACGAUUCUUCAGACUAUGCCGGUGACAGUGAUGACGAUAUUUAAGUCGCACGGUCGUUAAUAAUUAUUUUUUGUAAAAAACAAACUCAUCG